UACACGUAAUUUUCAAAAUGGUUUACCUUAGUCAAGGUAACGUUUUAGAAAGAAGAUCAAUAUGGCGKGUGUCAGCGAUUUCAGAUUUCUUCUGGGGAAUUGUUGACUUUAUUAUUCUUUUCUUUCACACAAUGGUCUCGCCUGGUUUAACUAAACGUGGAAAUUCAUAUUCAGGAUCAAGUAACAGACCUGGUGGAGGGCCACCAAAGCCGCCAGGCAGACGGUUUGGUAGAAUACGUGGUGAUGGAGACAAUGGGCCUUAUAAUCCUGGACCACCAAUGGGAGGAGGAUGAGGAAGGUAAACGCUUGUCAUACACUUGUAAUGACAAGCAACCAAAGAGAACAAUAGAAGUAUGACAUCAUGCGAUGUUGCCAUGACGUUACCUGGGCAAAACCACCACUUGGUACCCUGUUAGUAACCGAUGUACUAUCUGAUGUUCUCAAUCCAUGUCCAUAGAAAUGCCACAAUACUCAAGAAAUGACAAAUAUUCAUUAUUAUAUGACAGAUUAGCAUAUUUUAGAGUGGUUCUCAUUACCCCGUGAAACAAAGUGUGAUAGUCAAAGUGUAAUAAAGCGUAAUACGCUAAAGUGUAUUUCAUGGGUUAAUGAAAACCACUCUAUAGAACUAGAAGCAUAUAUUAUGCCAAGCUUAACUUAAAAUUUGUACAAAAAUGCUAUGCUUUAUUGUAAACAAAAAUAAAUGUUUUGUAUGCAGAACUGCUUAUAAUUUAAUAAGAAAUUUCUUAUUAGCAAUAUCUUUCUGAGAGAUAAGAAAGACUGUUGUUGUAAGAAGUGUUGCAAGAAUGAUUCACACAAAUGAAAAUCCGAUCUUUUUCGCUGCAACAAUUUAUUGGUCAUUGAUAAAAUGACAGAACUAUUGUCAGUUUCUGAGCCAGUCUGAAAGGUAACUAUGCAACCAUAACCAUUUUAUUGACAUGAUAUCUUUUCAUGCUCAGGAAAAUUGUUCACAAGUAUCUAUCAUUGCAAACUGCCAUGAUCUUGCUUUAAAGCAAAUGUACACCUUUUCCUAAAACUAGCAAUUAUUGAAAUGCAUAUCCUYUUCGGCAGACUUGUCUUCAUAUCCAUCUUUAAUAAUAUCUUAAUAUUAUUUUACUCUGUUUAUUGCCUGUUAAGCAUCAUCAUUUUCAUAUAAAAAUUUAUAGAUAAAAAACUGUCCAGUGCUCUGUUCAAGGAUCAAUAAAACAGACCAUGAUA